AUGGCCUCUCAAAUUUUUCACAACAACCCCCAAACACAAUAUGAUCGUCAAGCAAGCCGAGUCACCCCUGCCAGGGUCAGGCCAGAAGACAAGAAGACUCGGGCCAAGAAAGCUCUUUGGUCACUAACCAUAGCCAUUGUAAUCCCUCUUUCCUUGACCCUAUUCAUAAUUUUCAAGUUUGGUUCGGGCAAAAGAUAUCGAGCCAUAAUGAACAAACCCUUUUGGUUUCCUCCAUUAUGGCUUAUUCAUCUUGCAUCAAUUGGGUCAAGUUUUAGCAUGAGCCUAGCUGCAUGGCUCAUUUGGGUUGAUCGUGGGUUCCAUCUAAAUUUCAAUGCUUUACCUCUGUAUAUUUCUCAAAUUUCACUAAGCAUUGUUUGGGAUCCUCUCGAACUUGUCAUGGGUGCGGUUUGGCUUGGCUUUAUAUUUUGUUUAUUACAUCUCGGGAUUCUUUUUGCUUGUUAUUUGAGCUUUAGAAAAGUUAAUCCUUUUGCAAGAGAUCUUGUUAAACCUUGUUUGGUUUGGUUCACAUUCCUUACAAUUGUUAGUUAUAAACUCAUAGCCCUUUAA